GAUCAGUGUAUACUUUGGGCCCUGGCCGUGUGAGCUUCAGCUGCUUCAGAGAAUGAACCUACCCUGCCCCUCCGGUGCAGAGUCUGAGAGUCUGGUGUCUGUGUUCUUUCAAGACUGCUUGUCAAGCAUAGCAGAUCAGCUCCUGAAAAUGCAUUUAGCAGAAGAUUUAGAAACACCAGGCACCUCAUUUGUACACCAGUAGAAAGCGGUGGGUAACUGUGCAUUGUGUGCCUUUGCGUAAGGUCAGUGCAUCCUGGAAGCCGCCUUUGUCUCUGAGCACCGUGCCCUUGUCAGACGGGGAAUGUGAAUGGUGUGUUUAUUCCUGGAGCAGGCAGGUUGUUUCCAUCAUGCCUGGCUUCCGUCUAGUUGGGGAGGCAGACAGUUGUGCUACACAAGCAGUCCCCUCAGAGGAGAAGUCUGCAGAGACAGUUCUGUGUCUUACAUGGUUUUAAUUCUUGGCCGACAGAGAAAUAACUGUGCUUUCAUUGUGGAGCAAGAAAGUAAUGGUUAGGGGAGCAAAGAUUAAGCACAGGACGUUUAAUUCUUGGAGAGAACUGGGAAGGUCUUGCUGUGGGUCCUGUUCCUCUGGAGCCCUGGCCUCCCUGGAAGUGGAGGUGAUUGGGGGGGGGGGGCGGUGCUGCUGCUCCCUGCCCUGGGCUCAGUUGAACAUUAGAGACCCACAGGGGUGGGGCGUGGCUGUGCUUUGCCUGUGAGAGGUUUGGGGUUCAGUUCCCACCCCCUCCCCAGACUGGCCUGUCACAGGAGGAAAUUCUGUAUUCAGGAAAAUUGAAUUCAAGCACUUUUUUUUUUAAUCGGUACUGGGGAUCAAAUGCACAACUGCCUGCUUGCAAGGCAGGUUCUUGUGCCGCUGAGCUAAAUCCCCGGCCAAACAAAAGUACUUUUAAAACUACUGAAAGAAUCAGGUGUCUGAAACAGGAAGUGGGGGCUCUGAGAGAGCUGUCAAGUCACAGGAAUGGGGACAUCAUGUGGACCUGUCUCCUGCAGACGGUGAACUGUCCUCCAGAGUACAGUGCCUUGGGUUGUUUCACAGUGACAUACUGUAGGAAACAGAGGUUCCCUUUUGGUCAAAAACUGAAAAAGCAAUGAUACAAAACUUCUCAGAGUCCUGUUUCUAAACAGAUUCGUGCCAGUCUUAGGCUCUGUUGUUUCUUAGCUUCGUGUACCCCACUGUGGUAAGGUGCCCCCAGCCAGGAGUGAGACGUGGCUGCAGCGUGUAGACCAAAUCCCUUGGGGGACCGCUUUUGAAGGAUGUCAGACCCCAAAGGGAACAAAUCAGGCAGCCUGGCUUCUGCAUCUGUCACUUUGGAGACGAGUGAGGUAUCUUUUCUUUUCCGGUAACCAGGCAGGACACGGGAGCCCUUCAGAUGACCGGUUCUCUGGGGGAGCAAUUACUACUUACUGACUUCCUGAGCAGCUUGAUAAUGUUCUGCUCCUGUUUUCAGUCAGGCUGCAGCUGAGGCAAUGAUUUGAUAAUAAGAGAUCCUGAUUAAAUUAAGGAGCCAUUUGCUCCUGGAUGAUGAUGUUUAUAAGAGGGUUGAUGUCCACACUCUUGGUUCUCCCACCAAGGUCAAAAAUAGUCUUUUAAUACUUGGUUCAAGUGAAAUACUAAAAAGCAGCAUAGAAUUUGUGCAUGCUUUCCUUCCUUGUUAAUUCUGGGCAGGUGUUGCGUCCUCAGCUGGGCCCUUUUGCCUCACAUGUGGCAGAGCUGAAGUUGGAUGCACUGGGUGGACACCUGUGUAACGAGUCUGGGAAGGGAUAAACUCUGAAUUAGGCAAACACUGCUGAGCACUUGAGCACCAAAGCACGCGUCUGCGGGCGCAUAUGUGCUUGUUCAUGCUUGCCUGUGCUUUGAAACAGCAGGGUUCGCUUCAGUCAGGAGUGGAUGUGCAGUUCGGUCCCCAGACGGAGUACAUGGGGCUGCUGCUGUUAGCAUUGUUGGCAUGACAGCCCACCUAGACAGGCAGGGCAAGAGUAGGCUUGAGAUGCUCCUAGGUGUGACGCCCAUGGGCCUCACCUUUACAGAGAAGACAGGCAGAGGGCAAACAGGGUUGCAGUGCCCGCCUGGCUCGGGACUGCCUGCUGCCCUCUGCAGCUCCUCAGCGCCCAGGGACCACGCGGCGCUCGUAAUUGGCCGCUAGACCACACCUAUUAUUGAGUGCGGCUGCUGCCUGAAGACCUCAGAGCUGCCUGGAUCGCUGGAGUGCGCAGCCAGCCAUCCACACAGACCAAGGAGCUGCAGGCUGCUUCAGGCAGGAGUCCGGCAACUUCGACGAGCGAUGCCGGCCUCGCCCGCCGUCCACGUGCUGCAGCUGCUGCGGGAGCUGCUGGCCUUCGUGCUGCUCAGCUACACGGUGCUGGUCGGGGCACUGCUGCUGGCCGGCUGGACCACCUACUUCCUGGUGCUGAAGUGACAGCGCCGCCGCCCCACCCCGAGCCUCUGCCGCUUCCCGAGCUAAAGAACCAACUCAGCGUGGCGCCUGCGCCUCCU